UGUUUUUGUUGAAUUAAUACUUUCUAGUGGAGGUCAUCCCAUGGAACGUAUAUCGAUAGAGGGCGAUAUAACAAUCCCUUAAACACGGAGAAUGACCAUCCUGUGAAAGAAUCGCCCUCUAUUUGGAAUUUCAUUUGCUUGGCAAAGCCAUGGCGACGAAAGAAGCGUCCCUAGUUUCCAAUGCAAGCUAAUAUUGAGAAAGGACUUUGUCAGUAUAGAAAUGCUGAACACAUUUUUUAGAAUCCACUGUUACUGCUAUCGUUGUAUGUGUGUUACUGGUUUCCUCGUCAGCAACAACAGUAUGAGAUCCAGAGGGAACACGUUAGCUAACGCUAGCUAGCUACCUAACCACCGAGCUGGAUCGCUAAGCCAGCACGCUAGACACCUGUCAUGGGAGAAAGGUCGCGGUCUCCGACGCUUCACCUGGACGUCGACAGCGUUGAUAAAACGAAUGCUGAGAACAGCAGAUACGCUUUAACCAGGCCGCGGUCGUUGGAUUCGUGUGCAAGUGAGGGUGUCAAACCUGUUAAGAUUUUAAUCAAAUCUCUUGGUGAGUUUGUCGAAGACACCAGUCACAAUAACAAUAUUCCGUUUGAAGCAGUGACAGUUCUGUACGAGGCCUACGAAAAGGAAAGAAGAGGGAUUUUGCAGUUUUGUCGUGAGGAGAGAAAGAAGAUUAAAGACACACAAGUUAAUAAACUGUCAGCCCUCGAGACACGACUCGAGCUACAUGGUCGGAGUUCCCUCGAAGAUUCAAAACCGACUGAGGACGCUGGUGAUGAUGUUUUGGGUUUCUCAACUGGAGAACGUCAAUGUGUUUCUGUGAGCUCCAGUACUGGUGGUGGCAACUCUUCCAAUUCUUCUACGGGCACAAGAGAAACAAAACACCGGAGGCCAACUGACAACAUCAUGGUCUCCAGUCUGAGUCUAGGAGACCUCAGGCAUUCCCCUGCCACAGAGAGACAGUUAGACAAGCUCACUCGAGACAUCAGGAAGGAGAUGUGUGUGACAGUCCCAGAGAAAGACCGCAAAAUAGUAGCUCUUAUGUUAGUGAAGCACCAAGAGGAGCAGAGUAGGCUGAGGCUCAGCCUGCAGGAGGAGCAGGAGAGAGAGGAGGCCCGGAGGCAGGAGGAGGCACGCCGGGUUCAGACUGAGCACAGGAGGAGAAAGGAGCUGGAGCGCAGCAUGCAGCGCUGGCAAGAUGGUCUGGAGGCACGAAGAAGGCAGAAGGAGCGCCAGGAGGAGGAGCUGGCUGCUCAGCGUGAGCAGGAGUUACUGCUGCAGGAGGACCGCUGUAGGAGGUUCACCGAGGAGCAGGAAGUUAAACGCAGGGACAAGUUUGAUGCUGCAAGGAGAGAGGCGGAGAAGCGUAAACGCUUCCAGGAGCAGUUGCUCAAAGACAGGGAGCGUCUGGAGCAUAUACAGAGGGAGAAGGAGGCACAGCUGGCCUAUGAGAAGGAACAGAGGGCCUGGAUAAGCAAGGCAACGCAGGAGAGAAGAGAGAAGAAGAAACUUCAGCAGGAGAACCAGAGGGAGCAGCUCCGGCACCUUCUGCUGCAGAGGGAGGUGCAGCAGCAGACUGAAGAGGAGGAGGCACUGAUGAGGAGCGCCCUGGAAGAAAAGCAACGGCGCUCCUGGGUGAAGAGGGCCCAGGCCGUGAAGGCCAGACUCAGGCAGCUGCAGGAGAGAUCGGCCAGGGAACAGGAGCAGAUGGAGAGGGCCAGGAUUCGAGCUUCCUGGCAAAGCCACCAGCAGAUCACAGACAAACAGAUCCUGGCCCAGUUGAGCCAGCGGCGUAUGGAGCAGGCGGAGCUGCAUGCCCACAGCCAGAAGAGGAGGAGGGCUCUGCGGGCACAGCAGGAGAACCAGGAACGGCUCCGCUGCCAUCAGCACCUCAGAGAUAGGGUGAAGGAGCAGGAGGAGGCCGAGAGGCAGCAGAGGGAGAACUGGCUCCUGGUGAAGGAGCGUCGGCGGGAGCGUCUUCGGAGGGAGAGAGAGGAGGUGCAGGAGGAGGCUCGCAGGGUGGCUCUCGCCUCCUUCCACAUGAGGGAGAGGGUUCGGGAGGCAACGAACGGCAGGACCUUCAACCAGAUGGCCCUGCAGGCCGAGCUAGCUGCUUCGCUGCUGGGUCGUGUCAAAAUCUAAAAAUACCUCCCUUCACAUAAAACCACCCUGGUUGUGUUCUACUCACCAGUUAUGCAACGGCUUGUUGUUACCAAAAGCCACAGGUCUAACUUAAACCAACUGUUUUUCUGCAAUUGUAUAAUACUCUAAUUAGGUGGCGACCUCCUUCAGCUUGUCAUUCAACUUGUCAAAUCAUUUUUUAAACUUAACUUCUGUUGAUGAUCGGCUGUUUCAGGGGUACAAUUGAAUUGUGAAACAUCUGGCGGUCUUCAAGUUUGAGAAUUGAAAGCUAUUUCAGCCCAGUGAUGUGCCACACAGACAGGUACAUAUCCUAUAAGUCACCUGGUGGUUGAAUCAGCUGUGUACUGUUGGGGGUACUUGAGGACCGUGGUUGGGAACUACUGGUCUAUAUACUAUAGAAUUAGACCUUUUCAUUAAUGAAUUCAAUGGCUAAUCGUAUUUGCUUGCUAAAUCUCUCGUGUAGCAAGCAAAUACAGCAGCUUAUGCCUGUGACACUAUGCCUGUGUCGACCGUAAAGUAGGUGGAAUUAGACGGUUGCUUCGCGGAGCAGUGAUCAAGGAAGUAUUAAAAUAAGUAAUCUGAUGCCAUCACCCUCAUGGAGGUCACUGUUUGCACAUACACCAUCCAUUCUAUUUUUUGAAUGCACGAAUAGCUAGACGGUCGUGAAACUCACCAAUGUAAACGGUAAUAAGCCAGACGAUCAUGGAGUUCAUGUUCAUUUUAGCACUGCUCGGCAAGGCAAAUGAAAAAUCCAUCCUGUCACAACAAUAUACCUCGAGCAUCCAGUACAAUGUAGCAGAAUACACGCUGCUGAACGGACAGUCGUGACCGGAGUACAAUGCGCGUUACCUAUGCAAUCACUUUCAGAUGACAUGUCAGGGUUUAACUAUGCAAGCUGUAAUUGUCUACGUCACGGUAGGUUUUGUAGGACCAACCUGACUAAAUUUGUCAUCCUCAAAACAUUGCCAAUCUGGGUGGUUUUAUUAAAUUACGUUCUUAUGUUUAGUGACUUGUCAGGUACCUGAUAAUACUCAAAUAUUCCUCAAACUUCGGGCCGGUUUCACAGACAGAUUAAGCCUAGUCUAGGAGUAAAAAAACAAGGUCAAUUGAGUUUAAUUUAACCUGAUAUUUUUUUUUUGUCCUAGACUAGGCUUAAUCCGUGCCUGCAAAACCAGCCCCAAGUGUUUGGAUUGCUGUGUAAAGUAUUAGCUUAAGUAACUUGAGACAAUUUUGACUUGAGGACUUGUUCUUGAACUACAAGUUUACGUGAAGUAUGAAGCUUCAAGCAGUAGGUAUGUCUUGUGGGAAGUAUUGCCUCUCAAGACCAUCUGCAUUUAUGUACAGUAUUUAUACAGCAAUUAAAAUGUGAUCAUUGUUAUAACUUAUACUGUGACAAAACAAAUGUAAAUUAUGUAUUUUUUGCAAAUGCAUUGCUUUGGGAUAGUUCAGGACAGUUUAUUUGUAUCGAUUGUAUUAAAGUAUUUAUUCAAGUUUUGUAAAAUCUAGAUUAUGAAAAUGUUGUUACAUAUUUGAAUAAAGCGUUAGGUUUAUGACCUCUGCAUUCCUGUCCCGGCACUGUUCUGUAUUAGGCUAAGACGCUACUGAGCCAGUGUACAUCUAACCACAGUUAAAUUGUAGGUGAUAGUAACAAAUUAAAUAUGCGGUACAUUCUGACUUAAUCUGCAAUUUACAGUUCUACUGGGUGUCACUUGGUUUAGGAGGAAGUGGAAUUACAGCUUGGUUCCAAGACACAAUGUCUUUGCUAUACAGCGUAGAGAUGUGUGUGUGGAAGACCCAGAGGUGUUUGUUAUAGGACUGCUUAGUAAAUGUUUGUGAACCAUUAUUAGCAAUCUAAUA